AGUUUAUGGUACACCCAGCAGAGUCAAUCAGAACCUCACUGCAAAUUGACAUAGAUUGGAACCCAAGAAGCACAUCGGCAUAUGCUCUUCUACCACGCUCAGGCCCUUACUUACUUUGACUGCACCGCAACUUGAAGCCAUCGCGGCUUCAUAAUAAGUGCUUAAAAGUGCCGACGAUCCGUCGCAUCCGCCAUCUCAAAGUCUAUCUGUUUCACCUCUUGGCGCGCGAUUCGCGUCAACGUUCCAUCCGGCAACUCUACAGUAGCUCACCCAUCACCCAUAUCCCAGGGGCCACUUACACCAACGGCGGUCCCCUCAGCGCUAAACCACCAGAGGAUUCUAGAAGGAGUUCUCAUCUCAUUUCCAGCGUCUACGGUAUAAACGGCAUCGCUUCUUAUUAACCACCUGUAUCGUGCAGUCAGCCUUUACCACUUCUAGAACCAUCACCUUUGUCUGCUUCACUCUCUAUCCCUGCCUCUCGGGCCCAAUCUCGGGAGACACGGCCGAAAACCGUUGUCAAUUUCCCCACAGCUGUUCCUGAAACCAAAGUCUCCUAGACUUCAUUUCUCACUCGUUCGGUCCAGCCUUGCCGUCCCUUGUCCGUCAGACCAGCUCCUAGACGUCUUAUUAGUGGAGGAUCUGUUUCCCGUUCCCGACCUGCAUCGAUAUGCUGACGGGGUCCAAUCAUUGCACCACCAUCAGCUUGUCAUCUUGACUUUUGGUGAUCCUUGAAUUUGUACCUGCGCUAGUUUGAGCUAGACUAACUGACCACUUGGACGAAAUGUGCUCAUGAUAUCUGAUAGUUUCAUGGCGCAGCAUAGGCUGAAUACGCGGGAGUUGAGUUUGCGCGGGAGUGAGGGUUGGGCGGUUGUAUAUAAGAUGAGGUCUGCGUCCCGAUGUUCUGGUUACUGGACACUCGAGCACUGCCUUCUCAUUCAUUCAUUCACUUCAUUCAUUCUUUAGAGUUACAUACACUCUCUUUCAAAACAGUCACUCUUUAAACAAAACAACUUUUGCAACAAUGCGAUCUUACACUCUUCUCGCCCUGGCCGGCCCUCUCGCCGUGAGUGCUGCUUCUGGAAGCGGCCACUCUACUCGAUACUGGGAUUGCUGCAAGCCUUCUUGCUCUUGGAGUGGAAAGGCUGCUGUCAAUGCCCCUGCUUUGACUUGUGACAAGAACGACAACCCCAUCUCCAACACCAACGCCGUCAACGGUUGUGAGGGCGGUGGUUCUGCUUAUGCUUGCACCAAUUACUCUCCUUGGGCUGUCAACGAUGAGCUUGCCUAUGGUUUCGCUGCUACCAAGCUCUCCGGUGGCUCCGAGGCCAGCUGGUGCUGUGCUUGCUAUGCUUUGACCUUCACUACUGGUCCCGUCAAGGGCAAGAAGAUGAUCGUCCAGUCCACCAACACUGGAGGUGACCUCGGCGACAACCACUUCGAUCUCAUGAUGCCCGGCGGUGGUGUCGGUAUCUUCGACGGCUGCACCUCUGAGUUCGGCAAGGCUCUCGGCGGUGCUCAGUACGGCGGUAUCUCCUCCCGAAGCGAGUGUGAUAGUUUCCCCGAACUUCUCAAGGACGGCUGCCACUGGCGAUUCGACUGGUUCGAGAACGCCGACAACCCUGACUUCACCUUCGAGCAGGUCCAGUGCCCCAAGGCUCUCCUCGACAUCAGUGGAUGCAAGCGUGACGACGACUCCAGCUUCCCUGCCUUCAAGGGUGAUACCUCGGCCAGCAAGCCCCAGGCCUCCAGCUCCGCUAAGAAGACCACCUCCGCUGCUGCUGCCGCUCAGCCCCAGAAGACCAAGGAUUCCGCCCCUGUUGUCCAGAAGUCCUCCACCAAGACUGCCGCUCAGCCCGAGCCCACUAAGCCCGCCGAGAAGCCCACCUCUACCAAGCCCGCUGCGAAGCCUCAGACCGACAAGCCCGUCGCCACCAAGCCUGCUGCCACCAAGCCCGCUCAGCCUAUCAACAAGCCCAAGACAACCCAGAAGGUCCGUGGAACCAAAACCCGAGGAAGCUGCCCGGCCAAGACUGACGCUACCGCCAAGGCGUCUGUUGUCCCUGCUUAUUACCAGUGUGGCGGUUCCAAGUCCGCUUAUCCCAACGGCAACCUCGCUUGCGCUACUGGAAGCAAGUGUGUCAAGCAGAACGAGUACUACUCUCAAUGCGUCCCCAACUAAAUGGUAGAUCCAUCAGUUUCGGGAGAGACCAUAAAACGUCUCAGAAGGGAUCCUCUCAUGAGCAGCUUGUCAUUGUAUAGCAUGGCAUCCUGGACCAGGUAUUCGACCCUUGUUGUACAUAUUAGAUCUUCAUUGUAUAUAUUUAGACACAUAAAUAGCCUCUUGUCAGCGACAAUUGGCUAUAAGACUUGGCAGGCUUGUUCAAUAUGACAUAGUUGCCUCCAUAACGCCCUUCGUCAUAACGUUCCUUCAGAGUGAGCAAGUGAACAAGUUGUGGAAUAGAGCAUUAAGUAUGGCAUCCGUUCUU